CGAUGAACCAAGCGUUGGAGUGGGGUUCAAAGAGACAGGAGACCGAGAGAGAGACAGAGAGACAGAGAGAGACCGAGAGAGGAGAGAGUCCACAUGACAAGGUUGUUGGGGGGGGGGGUUGUGUAUGCCAGCUGAUGUGCGCAACAACAAAAAGCUUAGGCCGAAACGGACGGUCUCUUCGCUCCAAAAGAUAAUGUGCUGCUGCUGCUCAUAAACACUUCCUGCGGGAUGCCUUGGUAGUGGUGGUGGUGAUAGUGAUAGUGGGUAACACCAUAAGCACAACUGUGUGUAUGUACGAUGGUGAAACAGAACGAAUGUACAACAACAACAACAACAAGGGCAACACCUCCUUUGCUAUAAACUCGAUUAUUUUCUUCGAUCGACGAGACCCAUUCCUUUUGUGCUGCCUUCCCGCCUUCCUUGCUUCUGCUACUGUACCCCCACACCCAACCUGUUGUAUUUAAUAACCUGUUUAUCCGCCACAAUACAAGCAGCAGCAACAGCAACAGCAACAGCAACAGCAACAGCAACAGCAACAG